CUACUCACAAAUGAUCCCACCAACUGUUUUGAUUCGAUAAUAAGAGAAAUCGAAUCUAGAGCUUCCACUAGCAAUUAUGCUAAUUCCAUUGAUUCGACGACCCAUUUCUACGACGUCAGAAGAAACAAACUCCUCCUUUGUUUGGGCCACUUUGACCGCUUUAGCUGACGCAUUGACUCUAUCUAUAUAUGGGUUGAAACGACAGAUGGAGAUGAGUCUGUGCCUGCUCUGUGCUCUUUUAAUGUAUCCGUCCAUCCGCUGGAAACGGCCCUUGUCAAGCCGAGAUGAGAAAGCAUUCCGUGCAGCAAUCGAUUCUCGAAAUGAUUAGCGAAGGUUGACAAAUAUGCCUUGCACAGCAUCUUUGCAUAAAAACGAUGAAAUGAUUCACAAUAGGGUCUAGAUGGGCAUUCCCAAAUUCUAAAUACAGGGAUUUUAAUUAAUCUUUAGUUACGGAG